UCUUGACCUAUUUUAUGCACUAUAUAAAAUUGCCCCGAUAUACAAUUAUAGCGAGGUCGUCGGAGCUUAUUUCCGAUUUUGCCACUUUCGUUUUCAGCCUCUUUCUUUGUCCAGAGCCCAGACACAGAAAACGAAAAGAAAGGCCGCAGAAAAAAAAAAAUAUAUAAGCACAGAAAGAGAAAAAAAGGGGAAAGGAAACCAUAAAAUCUUCUCUCUCACACACAGCCACACUCAUCGUCAACCCCUGCGCCUGGCGCUGUAGUGUACAGUGAAGAAAACCAUUAACUCUAUAUAGCUCGUCUGGUUAAUUAUUGUACCUCGACCUCGAGUAAUUUGCUCGGCAUUUUGCAGCGUUGAGAGUAAUUUUUGCUGUAGCGAAAGGUAGAUCUGAAGUUAAAGUUGCUCCUGUGUUAAAUUCUGCUCCUAAGAAGCUUCAACAAUCGAGCCUUCAUCUGCAUUUCGUGCUAAUGGAAAUGGAAGGGCUUAUGGCAGUAAGAUCAAAAGAAUGGGAGGGCCCAACAAGGUGGACCGAGUACUUGGGCCCGGAUAUAGGAUCCAGGAGUAAUGGUGGAGCGGAAGUUGCAGCGAAUCAAAGCUCAGGCAGUUCAUCCCAGAAGGGUUUGAAUAUGCAGUGGGUGUACCAGCUCACCCAUGUAGCAGAAGGGCUAAUGGCAAAAAUGUAUAGACUUAAUCAGAUUUUGGAUUAUCCUGAUUUGGUAAAUCAUAUCUACUCAGAGGCAUUCUGGAAAGCAGGCCUACUACCAAACCAACCCAAAAUUUGUAUUUUGCUUGAGAAAAAGUUUCCUGAACACCACAGCAAGUUGCAGCUUGAACGGGUGGAUAAGUUUGCACUGGACGUUAUGAACGAUAAUGCUGAGGUUCAUUUGCAGAGCUUGGAGCCAUGGAUUCAGCUGCUUCUUGACUUGAUGGCAUUCCGAGAGCAAUCUCUGCGGCUCAUAUUGGAUCUAAGCAGUACCGUGAUUACCUUGCUGGUUUUGGAGGCUGUGGGCCCUAUUAUCUUCUUAUCUACAGACACGAGGAAGCUGCGAAAUGAGGGUUUUCUGAGUCCAUUUCAUCCUAGAUAUCCAGAUAUACUCACUAACUCGGCGCAUCCAAUGAGAGCUCAAGACCUGGCAAAUGUUACCUCCUACCGCGAAUGGGUAUUAUUUGGAUAUUUGGUUUGUCCAGAUGAGCUACUUAGAGUCACAAGCAUUGACAUUGCCUUGGUUGUGCUGAAGGAAAACCUAGUCCUGUCUUUAUUCAGGGACGAAUAUAUAUUGUUGCACGAUGACUAUCAGUUAUAUGUUUUACCACGGAUACUUGAAUCAAAGAAGUUGGCAAAGUCUGGAAGAACAAGGCAAAAGGAAGCAGAUCUUGAAUACAAUGUUGCAAAGCAGGUAGAGAAAAUGAUAAGUGAAGUUCAUGAGCAAGCAUUAUACACCUGUGAUGCUAUACACCACGAAAGAAGAAUAUUGUUGAAGCAGGAGAUUGGAAGGAUGGUUCUCUUCUUUACUGACCAACCAAGUUUGUUGGCUCCUAAUAUUCAGAUGGUGUUUUCUGCCUUAGCCUUUGCACAGAGUGAAGUACUAUGGUAUUUCCAGCAUGUUGGGAUAGCGACUUCUAAAUCCAAAACUGCUCGAGUUGUGGCAGUAGAAACUGAUCCAAAUGAUCCAACUAUUGGGUUCUUAUUGGAUGGAAUGGACCGUCUUUGCUGUCUUGUCCGCAAGUAUAUUGCAGCCAUCAGAGGCUAUGCCUUGUCAUAUCUAUCGUCCUGUGCUGGUAGAAUCCGCUUUCUGCUGGGUACCCCUGGGAUGGUGGCUCUCGACCUAGAUUCUACAUUGAAGGGACUUUUCCAAAGGAUGGUUCAGCAUCUUGAAAAUAUACCAAAACUUCAGGGUGAAAAUAUUUCGGCUAUCACCUGUGAUUUAUCUGAAUUACGCAAGGAUUGGCUAUCCAUAUUGAUGAUUGUGACUUCUGCUCGUUCAUCUAUUAAUAUUAGACAUUUGGAGAAAGCUACGGUAUCUACAGGUAAAGAGGGCUUAUUAUCUGAAGGGAAUGCGGCACACAAUUGGUCCAGAUGUGUUGAUGAGCUUGAAACUCAAUUAUCGAAGUAUGGGAGUCUGAAGAAACUUUACUUCUAUCAUCAACAUCUUACAACUGUUUUCCGUAACACCAUGUUUGGUCCUGAGGGUCGUCCGCAACAUUGUUGUGCCUGGCUUGGUGUUGCUAGCAGCUUUCCAGAAUGUGCAUCACCUAUUGUUCCAGAAGAGGUGACGAAAAUUGGCCGAGAUGCAGUUCUAUAUGUUGAAUCUCUUAUUGAAUCCAUCAUGGGUGGACUGGAAGGUUUAAUAAAUAUUCUCGACUCAGAAGGAGGAUUUGGCUCAUUGGAGAUGCAGCUUAACCCUGAACAAGCGGCGAAUCUUAUGAACUUAACAUCCAGAGUAUCUGUCCCUUCAAUAAAAUCUCCAAGAGCUCCGUACAAUAUUCAUUUGCCGGGUUAUGAGAGCUAUCCAGAAAAUAACAGUUCUAUCAAAAUGUUAGAAGCUGCAAUGCAGAGAUUAACAAAUCUUUGUUCAGUCUUGAAUGACAUGGAACCUAUAUGUGUUCUAAACCAUUACAUGCGAGAAUGUAUCCUCGGCAACUUCAAGCGUCGACUCCUCACUGUGCUGAAAACCGAUUCCGAUCUCCAGAGGCCUUCCAUCCUCGAAUCUCUCAUCCGCAGGCACACCUCAAUAGUCCACCUGGCAGAGCAACACGUCAGCAUGGACCUCACCCAAGGCAUCCGUGAGAUCCUCCUCGCCGAGACCUACUCUGGCCCCGUCUCAUCUCUCCAGCUGUUCGAAAAAUCCCCCGAGCAGCAGCAAACCGGUUCGGCAACUGAGGCCGUUUGCAACUGGUACAUCGACAACAUUGUUAAAGACAUCUCAAAUGCAGGCAUUCUCUUCGCCCCUCUCCACAGGUGCUUUAAAAGCACGAGGCCCGUCGGUGGCUAUUUUGCCGAGUCAGUCACUGAUCUCCGUGAGCUAAAAGCGUUUGUCCGCACGUUCGGAAGCUAUGGAGUCGACAGGCUGGACAGGAUGCUGAAGGAGCACACGGCCGCACUCCUCAACUGCAUAGACACGACUUUGCGCGCGAAUCGAGAAAAUCUCGAGGCGGUGGCUGCAAGCAUGCACGCUGGGGAUCGGGUGGAAACGGAAGUAAAUAUAAAGCAGAUUGUUGACAUGGACACGAUGGUGAGGUUCUGUAUCCAGGCUGGCCAGGGGGUAGCCUUUGGUGCCCUGCUGGCGGAAGCUUCCGGAGGUGUGCUUAAGGAAGGUGCGCCUCUGAUAUAUUCGCUUCUAGCGGGAGUGGCGGGGAAUCUGCCGGACGAGAUACCCGAGAGGAGGGAGGUGAGGAGAAUGAGGAGGGUGGCGAGUAUAGUGAAUGGUGUCGGGUAUCGUGAUUUCGAGUGGAUUAGGUCGAUUUUGGAUGAGGUAGGGGGAGCGAACGACGGGUCGUGGAGCUUGCUGCCGUAUUUGUUCGCCACUUUUAUGACGUCGUCCGUGUGGAACACAACUGCGUGCAUAUGUGCUGUGAUAGCAGGAAGUGAAUUUGUCAGACUUGAAAGAGAAUAUCGGCAGCAGCAGCAGAGAGAAUCUCAUUCAAAUGGUCACAUGGGUGAGUCAUUGGAUCUCGAGACGCAGAGCUAUACGUCGAUAGAGGCAAGCAUAAAGUCCACAAUGCAGCUUUUCAUCAAGUUCUCCGCCGGAAUUAUUCUCGAGUCUUGGAAUGAAAGCAAUAGGUCCCACCUCGUGGCAAAGCUGAUCUUCCUCGAUCAAGUGUGCGACAUCUCACCGUACUUACCGCGAAGCUCCUUAGAAUCCCACAUACCUUAUGCCAUCCUACGAUCUGUAUACACCCAAUACUACUCCAACUCGUCAACUCCGCUCGCACUAUUGAAUCUUUCGCCACGUCAUUCUCCCGCCAUGUCACUCGCGCACGCUUCACCCUCGAUGAGGCAUCAUCAUCCACGUGCUGACUCGACCCCACAGUUGCAAACCAAUGACUCGGGCUAUUUCAAGCCCUCGUCUGCUCACGGGCCAGACCACUAUGAGGCCGAUGGUUUUGGGCCGAAAAGCAAUUAUGAUGCCAGAAACAGAAAUGGCAGGCGGUCGGGCCCAUUGGGCUACAGCUUAAGCAACAAGUCGAAGUUUGUGGAGGGGUCCACGUCGGGCAGCACGGGCCCAAGCCCGUUGCCGAGAUUCGCCGUGUCGAGGUCAGGCCCGUUAUUGUACAAAUAGUUAUAUCUGAGACUUGUGAGUUUGGAGUAUGUGUUGGGUACUUUGUCUAGUUGAACCAGUAGUGUUUAUCAUUCUCUUUGCAGUGAUAUAUCUAAUAAUUAUGUAGCUCCUUAUGCAACAAUAUAGAUAAAGCUUUCACUAUUUUUUUUGGCACUGGUUCUUGUUUUUUUCUUUUUAAUAAUUUUAUUUGUUUUCUAAUCUUUGAUGAAUUGUCACCUUUAAAAUUUGACGGGUAGAAUUUGUAAGAGAUGGUUAGAUUUGUACCUGAUCAGUGUAAUAUUUUUGUUACUAUUUUUUCCUUUUAUUUUUAAUAUUUUUUCCUUGGGUCUUUUAGUGUAAAGGGGGGAGGUUGUG